GGAGCCGUGAGAUCGCCGUAACGGCGGUUGCCGAUGAGUGCCGUCGUGAGUUAUCGCGGAAAGCUACUCCGCGAGAAGUUAAUGUGGCUCGACGCGCGCGCUCGCGUCGGCCCUCGUUGGAACGGGCCAGUGGCACACAGUUGCAGCGAGCUCGUGCACACUGUACUCGGAAAAAUGUCUCUCUCGUCGUUCCUUCUCCAAAGGCCUUUUCCAGUUUGUUAGCUUAGACCGCGCAGAGAAACUGGCCGAGUCUCUCGCGUAUUAAAAAGUGCGUGGCUGUGAAACGGUAUAGCUCUCGCGAGUGAGAGAGAAAAGGAGAGCGUCGAUCGUUGAACCACCACCACCACCACCACCAACGCAUAAGUGUGAGAAAGAUGUCCAGCGAAGCAACGUCCGACUCGGAAGAAUCAUCCCAAGAAGAUUCGCAGAGAUAUGAUAUCGACGACUUGGAGAUGAUAAGGACUAUAGGAACAGGAACAUUCGGCAGAGUGAUACUAUGUCGACAUCAAGGAAAGCCGUUGGCUUUGAAAAUCCUCUCGAUGGUUGACGUCAUCCGGCUGAAGCAGGUGGAUCACGUACGCAACGAAAUCACAGUGCUGAAAGAAGUCAAACAUCCCUUUAUAGUUAACAUGCUCUGGAGCGGAAGAGACGAAGCACGGAUUUAUAUGCUAUUAGAGUUCGUCGCUGGCGGUGAACUUUUCUCGUAUCUCCGCGCGGCAGGACGAUUUUCCGGUAGGACUAGCUGUUUUUACGCUGCCGAAAUCGUUUCCGCCCUCGAGUACUUGCACAGCAAGCACAUUGUCUACAGAGAUCUGAAGCCUGAAAAUUUAUUGCUGGACAGUCAGGGACAUCUAAAGAUCACCGAUUUUGGAUUCUCCAAAAAAUUGACUGACAGAACAUGGACACUCUGCGGCACACCAGAAUAUUUGGCACCAGAAAUCAUCCAGAGCAAAGGUCACAACAAAGCAGUCGAUUGGUGGGCACUUGGCAUUCUUAUCUACGAAAUGCUAGCUGGUUUUCCACCGUUCUUCGAUGACAAUCCCUUUGGCAUCUACGAGAAAAUUCUCGGCGGUAGAAUCGAGUGGCCAAAACAUAUGGACCCCAUUGCCAAGGAUUUGGUGAAAAAAUUACUGGUCGCCGAUAGAACGAAGAGACUUGGAAAUAUGCGACAAGGUGCCGACGAUAUUAAAAGGCAUCGAUGGUUCAAGCUUGUUGAUUGGACACAGGUUCCAUUACGAGCAUUGGUUCCUCCAAUAAGUCCAAGAUUGAAAGCACCAUGUGAUCCAAGUUGUUUCGACGAUUACCCAGAAACUGACUGGAGAUCGCAGCCAGCUUUACCACCCGAUCAACUAGCGUUGUUUCAAGAUUUUUGACGAAUGAUACAUGGUCAAUAACUCGUUAAUUAAAAGUACAAAAUACGUGUGACAGAAAGAAAUGACACAGUUACGUAAUACGCGGAUAUACCUAUAUAUUUUUGAAAUAACAUAUUUCCUUUUUAGAGCUAUUUUUGUACUUUCGAAAACAAUAGGCUCUUUGUAAAAAGGUCUCUAGUCAAGUUGAUGAUUGUGAUGUUUAAAAAACAAUAUUUAUAGUAUCUUUCAAUCAUCAUUAUACAUUGCAAGGUAUAUAAUGAUCCUUCAUAACAUUAAUGUGGAUGUAGCUAUCCUUGAGAAUGAAAAAUAGGCGAUUGCUCUCCUGAAAAAGUUCGUUUACGUUGUUAACGGUGGCAGUUCGUUUUUCGAUAUUAAUGUUUUUAACAUAUUAUUAUGCUGUUUGUACAUACAUACCUUUUUAUCAUUUUGCUAUAUUUUAUGCUUUGUUAUAAUUUAUUAGAUUAAUCUCAGACAGUGAUAAAGUGUACUUUUGUAAACUACGAAUGUAAGCGACUUUAAAACGUUAUUUAAUAAUUGAUAUUCAUUUGAAUUUUUAUCUUGUAUUAUCAAUCUAAAUUAUAUCUUAUAUAUUUGUUCGUUACAAUAGUUGCUUUAAAUAUGUUUUAUCGAGUAAUUGCACUUUGUCUUGAAUUUAU